AGGGCGCUCCCAGUCUUCCACUUGCUGCGAGUGAUGUUUCUGAAGAGCUUAGUAGGCAACUGGAGGACAUACUAAGCACGUAUUGCGUUGAUGAUGGGCAGGAAGGGGCGGCAGACCCGGAGGAAACAGACAGGGUCCCCCCUGAGCCUGCUAGAAAUGGUGAUGCCCAGUUGGUAGUACCAGAAGCUAAUGGGGUAAAGGAGGAACUGCAGGGUGCAGAGGAUAACAGGACUGUGGAAGACCCUGACAAAGAUCAUAAGCGUGUUCAAGACAAGAAGAAAGCUAAGGGGCUUGGAAAAGAAAUUACAUUAUUAAUGCAGACUUUAAAUACGCUUAGCACCCCUGAGGAAAAACUGGCUGCCCUGUGCAAGAAAUAUGCCGAGCUGCUGGAGGAGCACAGGACAUCCCAGAAACAGAUGAGGAUUCUGCAGAAAAAGCAGACACAGCUCAUCCAAGAGGAGGACCAGCUCCGAAAUGAACAUAGUAAAGCUAUCUUAGCCCGCAGUAAGCUGGAGAGUCUGUGCAGAGAGCUUCAAAGGCAUAAUCGCACCUUAAAGGAAGAGGGUGUGCAACGAGCCAGGGAGGAGGAGGAGAAACGUAAAGAGGUCACUUCACACUUCCAGGUGACUCUCAAUGAUAUCCAAACACAGAUGGAACAACACAAUGAGCGCAAUGCUAAAUUACGUCAAGAGAAUGUGGAGUUGGCUGAUAGGUUGAAGAAACUGAUUGAGCAGUAUGAGCUCAGGGAGGAGCGUAUUGAUAAGGUGUUCAAACACAAGGACCUGCAGCAGCAGCUUGUGGAUGCCAAGCUCCAGCAGGCUCAGGAAAUGCUGAAGGAGGUUGAGGAGCGACAUCAGAGAGAAAAAGACUUUCUCUUGAAAGAAGCCGUGGAAUCGCAACGUAUGUGUGAGCUCAUGAAACAGCAGGAGACCCACCUUAAGCAGCAGUUGGCAUUAUACACAGAAAAAUUUGAGGAGUUUCAGAACACCUUAUCUAAAAGCAAUGAGGUCUUCACAACCUUCAAACAGGAGAUGGAAAAGAUGACAAAGAAAAUAAAGAAGCUUGAAAAAGAAACUUCUAUGUAUCGCUCCAGGUGGGAGAGCAGCAAUAAAGCUUUGCUUGUGAUGGCUGAGGAGAAAACUGUUCGUGACAAGGAGCAGGAAGCCUUACAAGCAAAAAUCCAGAAAUUAGAAAAACUCUGUCGAGCUUUACAAACCGAGAGAAAUGACCUUAACAAGAAGGUGCAGGGCCUGAGUGGGCCUCCGGCUUCUUCUGAGGUCGCUGUGGGGGAGACCAGCAGUUGCACGCUGCCGCUUUCUGUGGACAGUGUAGGACUGAGCAGCAAUGGCACCUGCAGAAAUAAUGAUCUCCAUCCUCCAACACCUUCUGCUACUCUUGCCACAUCUGGGGCUGAAUGAUGCAGAAAAUAUUUCUAUCUAAUGUCUCAUCUCUUCUUUUAUAUUGUGGCUUAUAUUUUGUACCCACCUUUACACACUGAAAUUCCUGCUUUACACAUUAACAUAUCACAGGGUCAUACAGACAAGAGUCGGCAAAAGCCACAGGAAAGGAACGUGACCUGUCAUGGUAGCACCUAAUAACGUUAAAGUAGAAAUUGCUUGUGAUAGGUAACAGCUAUGUUACUGCUGUGUGAGGGAGUUAGUUACGUUAGGCUCGCUAAACAAGGACACUGCUUUAUUAUUAUUAUUCUUAUGUUACGGAAAAUAACACUGGCUGUGAUAGCACAGCCUCCCUAUGAAGAGUCUGAACCCUGCAGGCCAUGCAACAUUUCACAAAGCCUGCAGCUUACUUAUUUACUAUGGUAUGCCUGUGGAAUAAACAUUUAAAAAAAACUGAAAUUAAAAGAUCACCAUAAAAAACUAUUCUCACUUUAAAAUUCUGUGCUUUCAUAUAAGUAUAUGAGUUGCUGCAUUUAUUUUAGCUACUACUUUACUCAUCUAUUGUUAAGAUGGUUGCACAAUUCAGAAUGGUUAAUCAGAACCUAGUAUUUAAAAAAUGUCACAGUGGAAGUUUUUCUUAUUAGUACAAAAUCCUGGCUUUCUUUCGCAGGUGCUAACUACGUUCCUGGGUGCUGGUUUUUGUGUCAGCCAGUUAUUCAAUUUUAGAUUAACGGUUCAGUUUCAGUUUGCAAAGCAGGUCAUAACUUGCACAUUCUGGUCUUCUGGGGUUUUUUUUGGCUAAACCAGCACUCGAGAUUUUAUCUUUAUCUAGAAUUGUUUAUGAAGUGAAUGAACUUAUUUUGUUUAACAUGCCAUUACUGUCAGGGAAAAUCAUGAAGGCUUUCUGGAUGGAAGUCUCUGCUGUAGGUGUGUUUUCACUUGAAAAUGUUAUGAAUGGUUACCAAGCUUGUUGUUCCCGUUAUUAUCCUAAAUACCACAUCUAAAUCUAUGCUGCUAUCAGCGCGUUCAUACACUAUUGCAGAUCUAUUUCUGUACAUGUGUAGUACAGUGCUAAUCAAAUCAAAUUUUCACCUAUUACAUUUUAUACUGGUUCAUCCUCCUGCAAUCGGGGCUGAUCUGACCCUGCAUAAAGCAUAGUUAAAUCAGUGAGUUUUCCUGAAUGGCAAUUUAUAUUCAACUGGGUCGUGCAGGGCCACGCUUGUCAGAUGAUCACACUGGUUUUGGACCAAUAAUAAUGCUCAGAGGAUGUGGUGAACGAAAUUGUUAAAAUUAGCCUACAAACUCAUAGUUUACCGAAUAAAACUCAAUGUUCUCGUA